UAUAAACUACGUCAUCAGGCAUCCCUAAUGCCAUAGAGAAGAACAUCUGUCAAUGUGUCAAACGGCUUCCGCGUUCUCUUUUUCUUGACAUUUUGUUCAAGUCGAACGUUUGUUUUUGGCAUAACACGUUUCGUGUCUUAGCGACUUAAAUAAUGCGUUACGUGGCCGCGUAUCUGUUAGCCGUGUUGGGCGGUAAGGAGUCCCCAGCGGCCGCCGACCUCGAGAAGAUCCUCAGCUCUGUGGGUAUUGAGGCGGACUCUGAGAAACUGAAGAAGGUCAUCUCGGAGCUCAACGGCAAGAAUGUAGACGAGCUCGUUGAGGCUGGUCGCGAGAAGCUGUCGUCGAUGCCGGUGGGUGGCGGUGCUGCGCCCGCUGCUGCUGGAGGCGCCGCCCCGGCCGCCGCCGCCGCUGAGGAGAAGAAGGAGGAGAAGAAAGAAGAGAAGAAGGAGGACUCUGAGUCUGAUGACGACAUGGGCUUCGGUCUCUUUGAUUAAACACAUACACAUGAUAACUGAGUACGCGGCGCUGGUCGUUAUUCCAAUUACGGUGUAAGAGUAACUGCAGAUUGUUUCUAUGAAAUAUAUUUGCAACCAAUUUUA